AUGUCUCAAUUGAUCAACUGGAAGGAAACAUAUAACAUUUUAAGUUUUUUUAAUAUUAAUGUACCAAAGUUAGAGCCAGAAUUGCGGCAGACAGACAUAGAGGAUAUAGAGAUUUCUGGAUGUGAUUUGUUCGUCGACCUUUACCAACAUUUUUCAAAUAUUGAUAUAAAACCCAAAACUCGAAUCUUCCGAAUAUAUGCGGAUGUAGUUCAACUCUCAAAGACUUUAACAAUUUCACUUUUGAAUGAAAGUGGAGCUAUCUUGAUAGUAGCGAGACGAAUUGAAAUUGGAUCGAAAUGCCAAAUAGUUAUUAAUUGCAAAAAAUUCAUCCGAAUAAUAAUAUAUGCUAUAGAAAUGACAUCUGAACUUGAAAUUAUCACAAAUAAUGAUUCAUAUAAACUCGAAAUUAAAGACUCAAAAAAUGUUGGCAAGCUACUUACUAUACACAAUGAUAAGAGCCCGGAAUAUAAAGAUAUUUAUACUUUUGAUAAUAUUAUUCUUAAGAAUAAAUCAUUCUUUAAAAUUUUACGAUACUCUUUAAAUAUCGCAAUUGCCUUAUUUUAUGAAAAACCUGGAAUUACACGAUCAAUUCUCUCUUGGAUUAUUAGAAUAACAAGAAAAUCUGAAUGUGAAGAGACAAAAGAGUUAUAUUAUUAUGCAUUAACAAUAUUCACGAAAUUUAAUAUCAUAGAUAAAAGAAAAGCAGAUAACAUUCAAUUUGUUCCGCCGCUUGACAUGCAUAUUUACAAAAAGCGAAUUGAUAAAUAUAUGAAAUCUGCAAAAGAUUAUGAAGAAAAAUUUACAAAGGUCCUAAAUGAUGAGCAACAAACAGAAGUGCUAUAUGCAUCAUUAAUGGAUCGUAAUGAUAAAGCCGAAAUGCAUGAAGAUUUAAAUAAUGAUAGAAAAAUUCGGUAUGAAUCAGCAUGUGAAUUAAUGAAAAAAAUUGAAAGUGAGCUUCAAGAAAGACGAAAAUACACAGAAAGUACAUUCCAUGAACUCGAAAAAGGAAUUAUAAAUUGGUUGAUUCAACAAAGACAUGAUGCACAAAAAAAAUUGUUAGUCGCCGUUAUAGAAUUAUCUUUAAGCGUUGGCAAAAUUGUUAUUCAACCUGGUGGCGUAUUCAGCUUUGUUGAAACUAUAGAAAAAGUGACUCAUUCAUUUCAGGAAGCUUUAGCUUAUAUCGAUUUAGAAAAACUUAUAAAAUUAACUGAAGAUGCUGACAUGAAGGAAAAAAUUGACCAA